AUGGCGUAUGCACUAAUUGUUACACCCGAUCAAUUAAAAUCCACCACUGUUCUUCAUGAUGUUAUUGAUUAUUUAAUACAAAAUGUAAAUACUGCUUCACGUUCAUCAAACAUGCGUACUUAUAUGGCACAUAUUUCUGAAUAUCUUGUUGCACUCGCACGAUUAGUUGUUAAUGAUAAUGUUGCGCAAUAUAUUAUAAAUACAUGUAAAAUUAAUACAACUACAGACGGGCUAACAUUUUUCAACGAACUAUUUCAGAAAUAUAAUGAUUUAACGGCUAAUGACUUAUAUUUAAAACAUUUAAGUCGUAUUGCCUUAUUUAAUAUAUUCUGUAGUUUCAGUUAUCAAGCAGCAGCUCAAAAAAAUCUAGCAUCAGAUAAGAAAUUCCUCGAAAUAAUCAAAAAUGCUUCUCAUUAUAAUAAUGAACAGAACAUUGUUAUACAACCCUGUCUAUUGCAACAUUUAUCAUCGAUUAAACAAGCAGCGGAAGCUAUUUUGAUUAAUCUCGACUUAUAUAAAGAUGAAGAUGCUGUUCAAACUGGCGUAUCGUCUAAAACAGCACAUCCUCAUAUAAUGAUAUCUUAUUCUCAUAAAGACAUUAUAUUUUGUCGUGAUCUUGUUCGAGCUCUUAAGUCAAAUUCAAUUGAUUUAUGGGUGGAUGAAGAUGGACAUUGUCGUUCAGAUGAUUGUUGGGAAGAAAUUGCUGUGGCCAUAAAAUAUGCUUCACUUGUAAUGGUUAUUGUUUCUCCAUAUUAUUGUCAAAGUGUUUCUUGUAGAAAAGAAGCAACAUAUGCUGAUAAACGAAAAAAAACAUUAAUUGCUCUGUAUCCAAAUGAUGAUAAGUAUGAACCAGAUGAAUGGCUCGAUAUUCGAUUGACUGGUUUGCACGUGCGCUUUAGUAGAAGUGGUAAAAAAUCGUUCGACGAUUGCAUCUCCCGCCUGCUCGGAUAUAUACAGUCAAACGAAGGCAAUGUUAUUAAUUCGAUUGUACCGAAAAAUGUUUCAACCAUGCAACCAACAACAUCACAUCAGCCUUAUGAUGUUCCAAUCAUUAAAACACAACCAAUAGAAAUAGUGUGUUCUGUAGCACCUCAAUCCGUCACCAUUACAAAGUCGUCUAUUCAUGAUUGGACAAAACAGGAUGUUCAAACAUGGUUUUUGAUUGAACGUAAUCUAUUACCACAAUUGUACACACUAUAUUCAUUUGUUGAUGGUGAUUCACUAUUAGAAUAUGCUAAACAUUUUAUUCAGGAAUAUGACCAAGAUGCUAAAAAACACUAUGAGAAAUUACACAAACGUUUGCAUAAUGAAUUCGAUAUUGAAUUUUAUGAUAACAAUUACACGGAUCUUGUUUGUUCCAUGAAAAAAUUAUUAUUAACAUAUGAUCAACCACGACUAUCGAUGACUAAGACUAAGAAACAAAGAUCGUCUUUAUGCUUGAUUUUGUAG